CGAGGUGCUGAGGAUUUGGCAAGAGCUCAGACCAUCCAGUGUCAUCAAUUAAUUCAAUGUGGCGCCAAUGGCCAUCCAGAAUGCAAGUGAAGAUGAGCAGAUGCACCUGAUCCAAGUUGACCCGGUCCGGAGGAAUAUAUCAUUGGCACUGACCCAGAUCUUUGUGUGGCCGUUCAUUUACCUCAUCUUCUUCAUGCUGUUAACAUUCUCCAGGAAAGAAGCGUUCAGAACAGACACACGUUAUAUACUGUUCGGUCACUCUCUCCUUGUAGAUCUAAUGUUUCUUUUGCUGACAGAUUUAGUAGUUAUACUUUCAUACAAUGUUGUGUUAAUACCACUGCACUUCUGUGUCCCUGUUUGUAUGUUAAUGGAUACUAUAACAGCAUGUGCACCAUUAACCAUCAUGGCCAUGUGUCUGGAGCGCUAUGUGGCCAUUUGCAUGCCACUGCGACAUAAUGCCAUCUCCACCUCUAGAAGAGCACUGAUGGUCAUUCUCAUGAUUUGGAUUUUGAGCUUCAUAAGCCCAUUUGUCGAUAUGCUCAUCCUGGUUUCCACCGCUUCUCGUGAAUACCUGUCUCAAAAAACACACUGUCACUAUGAGAUUAUGAUCCCGGAAGGGAUUCGCCGUUUUGGCAGGGGUCUCUUGUUUAUUGUGGGGAUGUUGAUUAUCCUCAUCAUCGAGGCGAUCUGUUAUGUAAUGAUAUUCCUCGCCGCACGUGCGGCCUCUAGUGACAAAAAAUCUUCAUCUAAAGGACAACGCACAAUUUCCCUGCACAUCAUUCAGAUUUUUCUGUGUUCUGUGGAGAUUGUGUGUCCGUACAUUGAGAACGUAGUAAUGCAAUAUGACAUUCAAACAUAUCUGACUGUGCGUUUGGUCAAUUUCCUGGUGUUUAGUAUCACAUCACGAGCAGUAAGUCCUCUUGUGUAUGGUUUUAGAGAUGAGAAAUUCUAUGCAGCUAUGGUUUAUUACCUGGGAUGUAAAAUAAAUGUGAUCUCAUCUGACACAGAUAGAUAAACAUGAUAAUCAACUGGUGAAGCCUGUGAUGUGUUUAGUCAGAACAUGAAACUCAAAAGAUCAAAAUGCACUGGAAUCCAUUGUACAGUUAUUGAAACUCUAUAAUGUAUAAAAUAUAAACAAAAGGCUCAGAAAGGCUCAAAAAUACUAGAAGUUCACUUUAGACAUUAGCACAGUUAUAAUCCAUAUAUGUGCAACCAUGAUCAUACAGCUACAGUAUGUGUAAAAUGUUAUGUGACCUUUACUGUACAUGUGACACGAUGCAAUCCUCAAACAGCCCGUGUUUCCUGUUAUUUGGACCCUGACCUCUAUAAAUCUCUUUGUUUGUAUGUAUGUUUUUUCCACUGUGGCUGAUAAGUACUCAUGUACAAUAUAUACACAAAGAAACAAAGAUGUAAACAGACCAAUACGAGGCAAUAUAAGUGGCAACAUUUGCUGCGUGGGCAUUUUAAUAUAUUAUGUCAUUUAUCUUUACUUAUGCAUUCUUGUAAAUAUAUGUGUCUACACAACCUCUCUAUAAUGUUGGUGAACAAAUGCAUUCAGAAUACAUAAUUACACAAAACUAAACAAUGUAAAAAUGUUCAGUCAAUUAUUAUUAUGACUAUUAUUUUUUACUUUAGUUGCCGCAUUAGCAGGGCAAUUUGUUUUUAGCAAAUAA